GUCAACUCAGAUCAAAACCUACUCGUGGGAUAAUGCCCAGGUGCUGUUGGUGGGCAACAAGUGUGACAUGGAAGAUGAGAGGGUUGUGUCAUCAGAGCGAGGACGUCAGCUUGCUGAGCACUUGGGAUUUGAGUUCUUCGAGGCCAGCGCGAAGGACAACAUUAACGUGAAGCAAACCUUUGAACGUUUGGUCGACAUCAUUUGCGAAAAGAUGUCCGAGUCACUGGAUGCAGCUGAUCCAGCUGUGACCGGUGCCAAGCCGGGCCCACAACUGACCGAUCAACAAGCUCCCCCCCACCAGGAUUGUGCCUGUUAAAAGACUUUGGUGUGGAUGCCCUGACUUUACCUGUCCCACCCACCUUGCCUGCCUCAUGUCUUGCAGUAACCAGAGCCCCUAGAUUCUUGACAGUUUGUGCUCUCUGUCUUCCCUACCGCCACCAACACACACACACAUACCAUUUAGCUAUCCCAUUGCUUAUCCUUUUCGGGUGGGUGGUCGAGACUCAAACCCAGAGCUUCUCCACCUCUCUGUGUGGGCCUUUGAAUGCUUCAAAAGUUACUCCCUUUAAUCGUUGGGUGGAUAGAAGCUCUAUCUUCCUGUAACGCGCCCCCCUUCCCCUCCACGGGAUCCAAGUUGAUGAGCUUGAAAAAAAGGGGCGGGGGCAACGCCGGAACUUUUAACUGUUCUUAGCGGGGUUUUAUUUAUUUAUAUAUUUAUAAUGUUUCCAUUGACACCUUUGAACAUCCUUCCCCUCCCCUCUCCCUGCUUCGUAAGCGCCAUGCACUGCAUUUUUCUGCACUCGGUAUGGACAAAAAUAGACAACAUCCCGAGAUUCAAAGGGGAUCUGGCUGUGUCUUCACAGGAAGGAAAUAUAUAUCUGUCAGAAGCAUCUGUCUCUUUCCUUCUGACCGCUGAUCAUGGGCUGUAGAGAGAAAAAAUAAUAUUGUUCAGGCAAACAGAGCUAUCUGGGAACUAUCCCAUUACCAGGUUUGAAUUGGGCUCGGUUUUUGUAAUGCUGCGAAGUGAGGUUAAUUACUGUAACCUCAAUGCUCUCUCCAGUUCAUGCCUGCUUCUUGCAUGCUGUUUAUCCUCUACCAUGAAUGAAAAUCAUAGGUUUUAAGGUGAAUAUCUUCUUUCACAGAACGGCAGGAAUUUUCAACUUAAAACUGUAGAUCUUGUCACGUUGGAUUCUGAGGGAUUACGAUCACUCUAGGUCUAGUUGAAUCCGGUCACUUAGCAAGAAGAGGCUUGCACGGGUAGUAGAUCCUUUUUUUCCCAUUCAGAUAGAAGAGGAAGAAGGCCUUCCUGUAUUGAGAAGAUGACCAUAUUUGGAGAAACGAUAGAGUAGAUCCUUUUGCUCCACCAGCUAGGAAUUUGUAAGGGUGGGAUUGCUCUGCUACCUGUAGCGGCCUAGUGUACACCCAGAUUUUUCCAGCUUCUCUCCUUGAGAAAGACAGGGCUAAAUUGGAAUAGUAAAGCAUAGCAAAAGAGGUGCCCUUUGGGCUACGUGUAGCGAAGCUUGUCACCUGCCCGGCAUGACUGAAGGUGAAAGUAGAUUGGAGAAGUUCUGUUUCCUUUCAGUUGCCCUGCAGAAGACGGUUCUCCCACUUUCACCUUGCCGAGUGUCUAGAUAACCUGCUUGCUCCUCUUCCCGUCUUCCUCCGUGUACAGGAAACAAAAACGAAAAGAAAAAAAAAAAGAGCAAUCUCUCCAGUUCCAUGUAAAUAGAAGUAGCUGGUGAUGUUUAUGUGCGUAUGGACCUUUCAUUGCUGUGUCGUGAUUUGUGUUGGUGUUUUUAGUUUGUUAUUUUUAAAAUAAGUCACCCUACCUGACGGGUUUUCACAGAACUAUGUAUUUAUUUAAGAGGAGAAAGGCGGAGAGGCAGCCGGAAAACCCAUCUUGGCUGAUCUAAAAACCACAGGAGAAAGUCAAAGGGUUCUUUGUCAUUGUGGAAUGGUUUCUCCACUGCUUUCCUUUCCUAAACAGACCUGAGUUUGCAGGGGUUAAGUUGAACCUGAUGUCAUACGUUCCCCUCAGUCCAGCAUCCUUUUCCCCCUAGAACGGACUGGGGCAGGUGGGGGUUGAAUUCUGUCAACAGCCACUGUUACCUUACUCCUUACCAGUACUAUUCCCCUUCCCCAUUGCUAUCCUUAAUUUAUUUUUCAAUGAAGUUCUAUACAUUUGU